UCCGCCCGCCGCCGCCUUUUUCCUCGCUCUUUACUAAUCCAGAUUCCGGGUCUGCGAGCUUCGUUCUCGAGCCGUUCGAGCCCUAUAAGCAAGCCGUCGCCGGCGACGACGACGUCGCCUCAACUUCUGCGGCCGCGCCAGCGUAUGCGCCGUCUGAGCAGGUAGCCCCCAGUUCCUCGAACAGUGCCUUUGCGGCCUCGCAGUUCCAGGACGAGACAAAACGCGCCCUUCCUCAGGAUACCAAGGGCGAGUCAUCGCGCAGCAAGGACGACGAGGCAGAACCACCACCCGCAUAUUCGGAGGGAUAUAGUCCGCUCCAGUCAUUUUCAUACCUCAUGGCUGCCGCAGGUGGCUCGUCGAGUAUUAUUACUCAGGUCCAACAAGGCGGGCCGCCCAUUAAUAGCCUUGGAGAUGUCGGCGCCGAUGAGACGAUCACGAUGGACCUCCGGGGCACGCGCUUUGCUCUGUCAAGAGAUGAGCUGCUGACACUACCCGAGUUCGUCCUGCUUUCGCUGUUCCCGAACGGGCUUUUUCCCGAAGGGCACAUGGGUGGCUUUAUAGAGGGGGAUGCCAUACAAGUUGAUUACGAUCCGGCAUCUCUCCAGUACAUGCUCGACUUUUUCCGGACGGUAGCGCAAAGUAUUCCAGCAGAGGCAAGCGCCAGCCACGAGGCCGACGGGGUGGUACCCCUAGACCCCGGAGCAAGGGACGACAGCAGCAAACGGGCGGGUAUCAUCGUGCUGCGCGAGGACCUCGAUUUCUACGUCAUCCCUCACAAGAAGGAUAUGCGCCAGGCCGAGACGAUUGAGGUUAAGAGGGCUGCCGCCAAGGCGCUCUUAAAGCAGAACGGCAUCUUCAGCGGGCUGAAGAGGAGCGACGAGCCGGGCACUACGGAAGCCCACCUUAUCGAGAUGCUGACAGCCGGCGGCUUCAAUCACGAUGACCGCUGGGGUCACCGUGCCGGCGAACCCAGCAAGGCCGUCAUCUGCAGUCUCGCACUUGCCCGUCUCCGCUCCGAUAUUCGCGGCAACGAGAUGGGCAGCAACGCUGUAGGCAUGGCGCAGAAGCUGCUGCUGUUUUGGCGCAAGCCGGCACGCCGCUGCUGGUGGGAGGGCGUUGAGCUGGACAAUGUCGAGGGCGUGGAGGGCAAGAAACUCAAGGUCUGGAUUCGUAGGGUGUGGACGCUCGAGAUGAGCGUCAUAGGCUUGCGCUAAUGGUCGGGCGUCUCUCCCUUUGUUUGUCUUUUGUCCAUUUUGAAAAGACGGAGAGAGCUGUCGGGAAAUGGCUAAGGGUCCAAAUGUCAUUUCUCUUUUCCCUUCUGCGGCAAAAGCAGGAGAUCUUGAGAGAUGAUGGCACGACCCUGAAGGCCCACGAAAUUUGUCGGUGUGUAGAUGGUAUACUGGCCAGCUUUUCUCCGGCGAGGCGCGGAGCUAUGUUGUCUCUCUUCGUCCCAUUUUUGCUCUUUCG